UUGGCACACAGCUCGGGUAGCCGAGCGCGGGCGACGUGGAGUGGUGAUGAGCGGGGUGGCAAGCAGAGCUAUUCCUGAGACCUGGUCUCUCUCCACAUCAUCAGCAGCAUCAGCAGCAUCAGCAUCAGCAGCAGACACUCACCAUCCACACUCGAGCUGCCUGGCUAGCUGUUACCGCUGCCUCGCGACUGCUGCCACUGCUGCUGCUUCUCUGUGUGGAGCAACACCAUCACCACCAUCAUCAUCAGCACCACCACCACCACCAUCAGCACCACCACCACCACCACCAGGAGUAGGGGUCAAGGGGGUCACGGCAGCGAUGACCGCCUGCCGGGGCGUGUGGACGCAGCGAUUCUGGAGGUCUCUGCUGGCGGAGCUGCUGGGCACCGCCCUGCUCGUCAUGCUGGGAGCCGGGUCUACCCUCACGUGGAGCGAACAGCACCCUGCCUCCUACGUGCAGGUGUCUCUGUGCUUCGGCCUGGCCGUGGCCGCCCUAGCCCAGUGCCUGGGCGGCGCGAGCGGGGCCCACCUCAACCCGGCGGUGACGGCCGCCCUGCUGGUGGCUCGCCGCGUGCCGCUGAGCCGCGGCGUCGCCUACGUGGCCGCCCAGAGCCUCGGCGCCACGCUGGGGGCCGCGCUGCUGCUGCUCGUCACGCCGGGGGACGUAGCCGGGGACCUGGGGGCCACGCUCGUGAGCUCCAGGCUGCAGCUGAGCCACGCGGUGCUGGUGGAGGCGGCCAUCACGCUCCAGCUGGUGCUCACCGUCUGCGCCGCCGGGGACGAGCGACGCUCCGACCUCGCGGGAGGCUCCGGCGCCCUCCACGUGGGUCUCUCGGUGGCGCUGGGGCACCUGUUUGCGCUGCCCUACACCGGCUCCAGCAUGAACCCAGCUCGCUCCCUCGGCUCUGCUGUGGUGUCUGGGCUGUGGGCUAACCACUGGGUCUACUGGCUGGGCCCACUGCUGGGAGGCUGCCUGGGCGGACCCCUCUACCACUGCCUCCUCUACCCGGACCGCGAGUCGAAGCGCCGCCUCAAGGGAGGCCUCGAGGCGGCCUCCCCCUUCCACCCCGCCACCUCCACCAUCACCAACUGCCACGACAACGACACCAACCGCCACGGCAACUCCACCAACCACCACGGAAACGACACCAACCGCCACGGCAACGACACCAACCGCCACGGCAACAACGACACCAACCGCCACGGCAACAACGACACCAACCGCCACGGCAACAACAACACCAACCGCCACGGCAACGACGACGCCAACCGCCCCCACCUCGCGGCCAACGUCGAUUGGCCCUUCGCCAAGCGCCCGAGGGCGGCGGCCGAGGACUCGGACUGCGUCGUGUUGGUGGGCGGCGGCGGCGGCGGAGACUACGACAAUGACGGAGGCCUAGGGCCAGGAGAAGGCCUAGGCUCAAGAGCCGGCCUAGGCCCAGGAGCCGGCCUAGGCCCAAGGGGCGGCCUAGUCUCAAGGGGCGGCCUAGGCCCAGGAGCUGGUCUAGGCCCACGAGAAGGCCUAGGCCCAAAAGGCGAACUAGGCCCAGGAGGCGGCCUAGGCCCAAGAGAAAGCCUGAGCUUGGGCCCAGGCUACGAUCCGGAGAAUCCUCCUCAGCACCAUCAACAACAUUGUCAGCAGCUGCCAACGACGACGACGACGACGACGACGGAAGAGGCGGCCAAAGGCGAGGGGGGUCUGCUGAUGUCGGCGUGACUAGGCCCGGGGACGAGUGGGCCGGAGAAGCCUUCCGAGCCUCGGCCUACUAGGCCUCAGGAUGCGGCGCCCGUGAGAGAAACGGAUUUGCUCUGAGGGUCAUGGAAAGUUUUUUCCGAGCGGAUUUGCUUUUUAUUGUUGUUGUUGUCGAUUGUUUGUUUGUUUUGCCUGUUUGAGUUUGUUAAUUGGCCUUCGAUGGGCAACGGUUGGGCUACGUGGCGUGGUGCGAAAGAAGUUUAACUCAUCCCACAGAGAGUCAUAGACUCAUAGAGACCCAUAGACUCACUACACAGAGAGCCAUAGACUCAUCACACAGCAGAGACCCAUAGACUCACACGGCAGAGACCCGUAGACUCAUCACACAGCAGAGACCCAUAGCAGGGGCGGUUUCUUCAUUAGGGCGAUUGGGCGACGCACCACCAAUGUCAUUCAACCAGGGGCGGUUUCUUCAUUAGGGCAAUUGGGCGACGCACCACCAAUGUCAUUCAACCACAGAGUCACGCUAGCCGUCACUGUCAGCCUCUGGAUAUAGUCCAAUCAGCGUCAUGCUACGUUCUGUGGAGUACCGCCUCUUUUGGGGCGAUUUCACUCCGGCUGAGAAUCGCCCCGAGUGGCCCCAUAGACUUACAUUCAAAGAUGUUUUUUUUCGAACGGGGGCGCUCCCAUGCAUUCUCUAUGGCUUCCGGGAGGGCAAGCCCGAACGUGCUUACGUCAUCAUACGUAAGCACGUUUCAUCCAACAAUAUAAUUUAUCGCUACCUAGUGGAAUCUUUAAUAAAAUAAACUUGAGUGGUUUGUUUUAAUAGUGAGUAUAUAAACAAACAAGAUGUAUUGUAAGAGUCACUUUAUUUUUCAUUAAUAUUAAAGAAGUGAAGUUGCCUUUACAUGCUUAAGCUGUUAAUUUAUUCAUUGCAUGGGUGGACCUUAUCCUUAUCAAUCAUCCAGACAUUUGCCCUCCCUGAGAGAUUUUGCAGGAGCUGCCACUGACCCAUAGACUCAUCACACAGCAGAGAGCCAUAGACUCAUCACACAGCAGAGAGCCAUAGACUCACCACACAGCAGAGACCCAUAGACUCACCACACAGCAGAGACCCAUAGACUCACCACACAGAGAGCCAUAGACUCACUCACACAGAGACCCAUAGACUCACCACACAGCAGAGACCCAUAGACUCACCACACAGAGACCCAUAGACUCAUCACACAACAGAGACCCAUAGACUCAUCACACAGCAGAGAGCCAUAGACUCAUCACACAGCAGAGACCCAUAGACUCACCACACAGCAGAGACCCAUAGACUCACCACACAGAGAGCCAUAGACUCACUCACACAGAGACCCAUAGACUCAUCACACAGCAGAGACCCAUAGACUCAUCACACACAGAAACCCAUAGACUCAUCACACAGAGACCCAUAGACUCAUCACACAGCAGAGACCCAUAGACUCUUCACACAGCAGAGACCCAUAGACUCACUCACACAGAGAACCAUAAACUCAUCACACAGACACCCACAGACUCACUCACACAGAGACCCAUAGACUCAUCACACAAGAGACCCAUAGACUCAUCACACAGAGACCCACAGACUCACCACACAGAGACCCAUAGACUCACCACACAGAGACCCAUAGACUCAUCACACAGCAGAGACCCAUAGACUCACUCACACAGAGAACCAUAAACUCAUCACACAGACACCCACAGACUCACUCACACAGAGACCCAUAGACUCAUCACACAAGAGACCCAUAGACUCAUCACACAGAGACCCACAGACUCACCACACAGAGACCCAUAGACUCACCACACAGAGACCCAUAGACUCAUCACACAGCAGAGACCCAUAGACUCAC